AUGUCCCAUCCGCAUCAGGGAUUUGGCUACGCUCAUUCCUCUUACGCUGCGUCCCCCUUCCCGCAGCCUGAUGCUCCCCCAUCGCCGGCCUCCGCUGCUGCCACUGCCAUUCCCGGUGUGACACCUUCCUCCGAGCGCCUAUCCUCAUCGCAUUCGGGGCAACAUCUCUCACCGCAGCAGUACCAGCCAUAUCAGGCAUACCAGGCACAGACACACACGCAAUCUCAACAUUCGUACCAGCCGCAGCAGCCGUACCAGCCGCAGCAGCCGUACCAAGCGCAGCAUUCGUACCAGCCGCAGCAGCCGUACCAGCCGCAGCAUUCGUACCAGCCGCAGCAUUCGUACCAGCAUUCCUCACAGCAGCAUCACCAUCAGCAGCAGCAUCAGCAGCAGCAUCAGCAGCAGCAUCACCAUCACCAGCCUAGUUCUGCGGGAUACUUCGCUCCGCAGCAUUCGCCCAACAGCCAUCAAGCGCCGCCCUUUCAAACUCCCUUCGAUUUCGCGCCUCCCCACCACGCGCACACACAUACGCAGGGCCACGGCCACGGCCAUCCACACUCCCACAGCAGCCACGGGCACCACUACCAUCAGCAGCCCGGUUUUCCGCCGAUGCACUCCUCCGCUUCGGCCGCAGCCCCGCACCACCUCGGCCCUGACCAGUUCAGCCCCAGCCCGGGGACACACCUGAUGCACCCAUCGGCUCGACACUCCUCCGGCUCCUCGCCCGGUGGCGUGGUGCUUGAGCGCGCCGCGCAUGCUCGCAUGAAGCUCGAGCGCUUCUACGAGGACGCCCUGCAGUUCCGUCGUGAGAGUGAGAAGCGCACCGAGGAAUAUGACAAGCAGCUGGAAACCGAGUUUAUGACGCCAGAUCGCCGGAAGAAGCGCAUUGCCGAGAUCACUCGUCGAGAGUGUGACUUCUUGCAAUUGCGCCGCGUGCGACUCAGCCCAUCAGACUUCAAGACCUUGAAGGUCAUUGGCAAGGGGGCCUUCGGUGAAGUGCGGCUCGUGCAGAAGAUUGACACCGGGCACAUUUACGCCAUGAAGACCCUUCGCAAGGCGGAGAUGCUGCAAAAGGACCAGCUGGCUCAUGUCCGUGCGGAGCGUGACCUGCUUGCCGUCACCAACAAUGACUGGGUCGUCCAGCUGUACUACUCCUUCCAGGACACGCGGUAUCUUUACCUGAUCAUGGAGUUCCUGCCGGGCGGGGACCUCAUGACACGCUUGAUUCAUGAUGACACCUUCACCGAGGAUGCUGCGCGUUUCCACAUUGCCGAGGCCGUGUUGGCCAUCCAGUCAAUCCACGAAUCGGGUUUCAUCCAUCGUGACAUCAAGCCCGACAACCUGCUUCUUGACAAGGAUGGGCAUCUUAAGAUCUCGGACUUCGGUCUUUCGACCGGCUUCCAUCGCAUGCACAACUCCUCGUACUAUCAGAAGCUCCUGGCUGGGGACAAAUCCGUCGAGCCUAGCAACUGGAAGCCAAUCUCCAUCAACCUGUCGUACAAGGAUAAAAUCGCCACCUGGAAAGCCAACCGUCGCAAGCUGGCCUAUUCAACUGUCGGCACACCGGACUACAUUGCCCCGGAGGUGUUCAUGCAGAAGGGCUAUGGGCCAGAGUGCGACUGGUGGUCUCUCGGUGUCAUUAUGUAUGAGAUGCUUGUCGGAUACCCGGCCUUCUGCGCGGAGACCUCACAUGACACCUACAAGAAGAUCGUCAAUUGGCGACAGACGCUCAGGUUCCCGGACGACGUGGAGAUCUCGCUCGAAGCAGAGGACCUCAUUCGGGGGUUCAUUCGUGAUGCGGAAACCCGCCUCGGGACCAACGGCGUGGAUGACAUCAAGGCACACCCCUUUUUCCGAGGUGUCUGCUGGCAGUCAAUCCGCCGGCAGACCCCGCCAUUCGUGCCAGUGCUCCGGUCCAUCACCGACACGUCCUACUUCCCGACCGAUGAGUUGGUUGAUGUGCCGGACAACUUGGACACCUCCUUCCAUCCGGGCUUCUCCUCCUUCGACGACGGGUCAGACGGCUUCCUUUCUCCGGCUCUCACGGAUCUACCCUUCGUCGGCUACACGUACAAGCGCUUCGAUUACCUGACGAGAAGGAAUGCCAUCUAG